CAGAGGCAACAAGAUAGAUGUAUUGCCUUUGAUUCAGACAUUUUACACACAGGCUAACACAACAUAUUGUUAAGAUGGAGAAAGCAAUGAUUCUGGUUUCUGUGCUGCUGCUGGGAUGGACCUGGACCCUCCAGGGUGUCCCUGUUGAUAUGGAUCAGGUGGAUGUUCCUGUGCAGCCUCUUGCUACUGUGGAGGUUCCUGUGGAGCAUAAUGCUACUGUGGAGGGUCCUGUGGAGCAUAAUGCUACUGUGGAGGGCCUUAACGCACCUCUGCCAACUCAGCCUCCGUUCAAUGCUAAAGAGGACUGUCAGAAAGACCCAGCGAUCGGUGGACCUGGACCGAUAUGUAGGGCGAUAAUCGAAAGAUACUUCUACAACUCCUCCUCAAUGAACUGUGAGAUCUUCAUCUUUGGAGGGUGUGGGGGCAACCUGAACAACUUUAGAAAUGACACAGAGUGUAUGCAUAGCUGUCACCCUGAAGCAGAGUUCCCAACGGCAAUAUGUCUGGACUGUUAAACUCCUUUUUGAGUCGGACUAACUGGAAGCAAGUGGGAUGAAGAGCGCUUCUGCACUCAGAACAUGUAAAGUUGUAUUAAAACAAAUCACAAUUAAAAAAAAUUGCUUACUAAUA